AUGAACUCACUGCUCUUCAAAGAGACGAACUUUGCAAGCUGGAAUGCCACGCGUUUCGUCGGCUUGAACGUGACAUUUGAAGACGGGCGGACCGUCCGCUCUCGAGGAAGGUGUAGCAGAGUCAACUCUCCCAAAGUCUCGAGAUUUGACAUUGAAGCCCAACAAUCUCAGCCGUUGGUUCGUGAUGAGUGGGCUGUGGGCCGUCGGAUGGCAGGGUGA